AUAUAUGUAUUCUGAGCUUCAUAUUGUCACCCGUACAGGGGAGAUGCUGCCGAAAUUUCUUCGGACAGGGACUACCUGGGGCGUGACAGCAGGUGGUUCUACCAUUUCGAGUGUUAUGUGUUGAACAUAUCGUCUUCAAGAGAUUAUAUGCAAUAAGAUUAAAUUUGAGCUCUAUGGCAUCCUUUGGAAAGCUUAAAAUCAAAUCUGAUGGUGAUGACACAAUUCAUGCUUCAAGCAAGAGAAUAGGACAACCUGCAACGAUUGGGAAGGGCAAAGAAAAAAUUGCAUCUACAUCCACUAACAAACAUGCAUUUGACUGUCAUUAAACCUCAUAAGGAGAUUGUUUACUUGUUGGAUUCUUUAAGUCAUCGCAUUCGUGAUGAAGAUUGGAAAUAUGUUGUGGAAAUGGCGUUAAGAUUGUUUAAUUCGAACAAUGGAAGGAAAGGAAGAAAGUAUGUACAAUGGGAAGUAAUCAAGGCUCCUAGGCAGCCAGAUGCAAAACAAUGUGGUUAUUACGUGAUGAGAUUUAUGAGACAAAUUACUGAAGAAAUUGCAAUGAUCGAGGGGGAUACACUACCAUCGAUAUUCACAAAAGCGGAGUAUUCUCAAGAAGAAAUUGAUGAAGUGCACUCUGAGAUAGCCGAAUUUGAUCCUGAUAAUAUUUUUAUUGAUGAUAUUGUUGUUCAAGAUAUUCUUGAGGUUGCAAGUGUUAUUGAUAGGGAUGGAAGUGUAAGGACUUAUGCUAUGGAAACAAAGCCCCAAGAAUCACUACCACUCGAGCCAGUUGAGUCUGCAGUUCUACUUAUUUACGAUGGAAGUGUAGGGGAGACCGAAGAAUCACUUUCGUUGAUUGUUCCUAAUCCAGAACCAGAUCCUUACUUCACCAAGAUGAUGUCACAUUCACUGUUUUAA